AUGUCGCUAUACGAGAUAGAGAUGAAAGGAGUCGAACACACGCGAAAUCGAGCCGAUCACAUCGCAUCACCAAAAGUUACUCGUUUCAACCAUCUACUUUGCUCGUACUUCAAGUGUCGACACUUCGAUGCCUUCGGUGUCGAAGAGACGAGUCACGAAGUUGUCGUUUUUGCCCCAGGUGGUGUCACCCUCAUAGUGAAGUCGGUGGGUAUACUCUGGUCUCCCGGGGGGGACGUAACCACGUGCUAAUA